GCUUAAUUGAGGAAACGCUAACAGCAUCUCAAGUACUGCAGAUUAAACUAAUUAACCGAGGUUCCAAAGUACGGUUAACUUUCCGACACCUAUCAACUUGGCAUCAUGUUUGUCAAAUAAAUCACAGCACCGCUUUAAGUUAUUUAAUAUAUAGAUUUAGCCAGGGCUAAAAGCGAAGCUCCUAUUAACUCGAAUUUAUAAUUUAAAUCAAACAAUAAACUUGCAAUUGUAUUUUACAAAUCAGUUAACUUUAGAGCACAUUCGUGUGACUUUUGAGGGAAAGGCUAUGUGAUUUUAGAGAAAAAUAAUUUGCAAACAGUCCAAGCUAAGAGUGAACUUAAUCUUCCAUCGAGUUGAUAGCGUUAUAUGUACACCCAAAAAAUAGCAAUCAUCUUCGAUCACAUUCAAGAGCCAUAAUGGCUCUUGAUCACAGUAGAUUAGGCCUGGAAAACAAAUUCUCGGAAAACAAGUCAGGCCCAAUUUUUUGCGUUCGACAAGUUUACAAUUUAUUUUACAAAAUCUUGCUAACAAUUCAGGGGACGUUUAAACCAACCUUUUAUACUUCUUAUCUGAGGUGAAACGGUACCAUGAGGCACUGUUUUUAUCAUACAGACCUCGGACAGAUCACAAUUUUGAAAUAAAAAUUGUACUCAUUCAACAUUCAGGUCGAUCGAAGCACGCAUGAGCUUUUACCGAAACCGUAAAAAAAAUUUCUAAAAUCACCUAUACGGUUUGCCGGUUCGACUCACUUUUGACAAGCGCCAAAGUCCACUGUUUAAAUCAAGAUUAAUAGAGUUAUAAGUUUUAACAGGAUAAAAAAAAUUUAUUAUGUUUAUUUCUUUAUUUAACGGUUUUAUAACUAUGUGUAAUCUUCAAAAGCGUUUGAUACACGCGGCAUUUUGACUACUCCUGCAAGCGAUGUUCGUGAGCGACUGAAAACAAACGGCACAGCGAUUAAAAUUGCAAAAGAGACUACUAACAAUCAAUAAAAGGAUAAUAAUUCGGUGAAACAUAUACAGAGACAACAAUUUUCAUUCACGAAGACAAGUAAAAAGUGUCUCUGAAAAUCCUUGUUUAUGUUUUAAGCCGGCUUCACGGCGUUUGCUUUUUUCAAAGAUGAACUCGAGGCAAGAAAAUCGCUCAAAGCUUUCUUUUACAGCCAGAAUUAUAACUAAAUAUUCUUUGGAACGUUUUCUUUCUAUUUGCAAUGAGAAAAUGUCUAAAGGCUUUUUAAAGUUCUAUAAGCUUAUAAUCAAACCUGAUACUCGGUCACAUUGUCUCAAAUCUUACAAACGUGCAUAAACUAAAUAGCCGCAUAAACUACGCCCGACUUCAUUAAAUUAGAUAUAAAAAACAAACAUCAAAUACAAUAAUUACUCAGGCUUACCAUUCGAGAUGCUCUGAAAACUAUCAAGUAAGGCCAAAAUCGCUUCAGACUUUUCAACCCUCUUACGCAUCAAGCAAGGUGAAAAACGAAAACGAUUCCAUCCGAAAUCGGAUUUCCGACUUUUUGACAAGCGACGUAUUUCUCAACCAAAAACCCAAUAAACAAACUACCUAUGAAUAACAGAAGACUCUUGAUAGCAACAGAAUUUCAUUUUGUACAUUCAGCGGAGAAAGACAGUUAGAAACAUCACAAGUUGACACAAAACUCUGUCAGCUUCAGCUGUCAAAGUAAACAAGUUUCAAGACGCUGCAUAAAUUUUCCGCAUGAACUCACCUGUCAAAUUUUGACCAAUCAGAGCGUAAAAAUUGGACGUAGAGCGUGACCAACGCGUGAUCUUGUUGAGAAAAGUCAAAAGCAACUGGCAUGUCUUCCCUGCCUGUAAAAACUGGCUGAAUUUUCGCGUCCGAGGACAGUUUGACAUCAAAAUUUUAAUUGUGCGACACAUAAAACACAACAUAUUUCAUAUGAAUUUGAGAAAAAAAUAAACUUGAGCAUGCGAUCAUUUGAAAACUAGUAACUUGUCAGCGGAUAACUUCAAAAAGAUACUCGACCUCGAUGGGUCGACACUUGAGCCCGCGAUAGGUCAGGUGAUACUGGUCAGCGGAUACCCUGUUUUGACAGCUGUCAAUUGAUCACAACAUUGAUGUACAAUAUACGUGCAAUAUCAGUCUUCCUGUGCUACCAAACUAGCUAGAAAGUGUGAGAUUGAACAUUGGUUUUCCUGUGGUGCAGACGGACGGGCGGGCUGCGGGCGGUGUACGGUCACGUGAUUACCAAAUUUUCUCGGAUGGGUAUAUUUACUUACCCAUGGUGCUCCGAAGGCGCGCUUCGUGCGCCAGAGCUCCGCUAUAAUCCACUUACACUCCAACUACCAGUCAUAAGAAGAACUAUUGCCAUCAUCACUUGCGACGUGGAAACGGUCAUCUAACCAUGAACAACAACACUGAACCCAACCCAACCACUACAGGGACCGACGCAGUACCCGGGUUUCCUCCAUCCUUCGUGUAUCCAGUGGCGACGUGUCACAUCUUAAUUGUCGCUGUGGUAGUCCUUGGAAACCUCAUAGUUUGUUACGCAAUAAUCACUAACAAAAGUCUCCGAAGCAGCCCAACAAAUUUGUUCAUUUUCUCGUUGGCGUUCUCUGAUCUUUUUACUGCAACAUUAGCGGUACCAUUUGACAUAGAAGGCCUUUUCCUUAACUUGACUUGGAAGCAAGGAGAAAUAAUGUGCCAGGCGUGGAUUACAGUUUACAGUCUAUUUUGACCCUUUUGGCUGUGAGCGUGGAUCGUUACAAGAGCCUUAAGGAUCCCUUGAAUCGAUUUCGCCGCUUCCGAUUUAUGACACGAAAGAGAGCUUUAAUUAUUAUUUCUGUCAUCUGGCUUUACAGCUUGGUUUUUGCUUUAAUUCCCGUCUUGGGCUGGAGAACAUAUGACGAGUUUGUUUAUGAGGGAAUCUGUUACUUUCCUUUUCAUGACAUUUAUUCCACUCUCAGCUCUUGUCUAAAUUUCAUUAUUCCACUACUGGUAACGUGCGGUAUCUACGUUAAGAUUUACCUCAUAGCGAGGUCUCAAAGCAGCACUUUUGAUAAAGAGAUCUCACGACAAAUGCGUACGACGGAAGCCUGUUCACGACAAACGCGUUCUACUGAAGAAAAGAAAACCUAUUUAAGGAACAUUCGAGCGGCCAAGACUAUCUCCAUCUUUGUAGCCGUGUUUUUCUUUUGCUGGGUUCCUCACUCUGCCAUUAGCAUCAGUGCCAAUCUCUGUCAAUCAUGCCGAGCUAAAAUCCCAAAUGAAGUUGGUGUUCUAGUUUUGAUGUUUGGAUACCUUAAUUCUGCCCUCAACCCAUUUCUUUUCGCUUUUCGAAACAAAAGAUUCAAGGCCGCCUAUUCAGCAUUGCUGCUCACGAUGAAAGCUAGACCUCUAUUUCCACGCAGUUUGAGACGUCGCUCUACUUUAACAGCUAGUACUUUGCAUUCUGAACUUCCAGAUCUACAAGAUAGCGUGGUUCGCCUACAGUUGGCUAAAACGAAACGAGAAAGCUGAGCAGACAAAAGACAGUCUGCUCUACGAGCUUCUGACUCCAUAGUUCUUAAAGACGUUAGCAUCGGAAACAGAAUCAUGACUAACAAAAUUUUAAUUUUUUUGAGGUCAAUGCUUAGUUGUCUUUGGGGUGGGUCUAAAUGGGUUUAUUGUUUAUGCCGACUAAACAAAAUAAUAUUGGCCAUUCUGGAGCCGUUUUUGUUUAAUCUUUCUGGAAAAAAAUUACUUUUACGGUGAAUUUUUUACUGUUAGUGCUCUCAGCCAAAAAAUUUAGUGUCUAGCGCUAUCAACUGAAGGCACCUGCAUUCAGACCCUCUUUGCGCCCUAGCGUGGAAUGUGUGAAAGAUCUUACCAUUGAAUUCUUUUAGUUAAUCACAUCUCAGAGGUAAAUCUAAGCGACGGUCCCCAAAAGGAUUCUCCAAUCUCGUCAUUCCUACAAAAAAGGUUCCCUGCCUUGAUACAGCAGCGUAGUCCUGGCAGAUCCCAUAUGCCUUGAAAAUAAGCUAACAGAUUCUGAAUCGAAGCUCCUUCAUCUUCUUAGGACCAGCUGUGGCGAGGGCUGGAGUAAAUUGGUUGGUACACUCAAAAUUAAAGGCAAGUGUUAUAUAGGGUGGGAAAAAAGGCGAGCAAUUUGUGCGAAUACUUUCGCAACAUACCCUUAAACCAGCAUCGUUAAACGACCAAAUCUCUUAUUCAUUAAAAUCCCGUAUCUCGAAAAGCCAAAUCCUGGAUCCCGUAAAUCCUAUGGGGAACCUUGGCGCAUUUCACUGUACAACGCUCUCUACCAUCAAGUUUAGAUGAAGGGAUAAGCAGCAUUGUAGCUUCAUUCGAAUGUUAAAACCAUGUAAAUUAUUAAUAUUUAAAUCAGUCAAUUGUAUUUAAAUACGGGGUUGCCAUAAUAUUUUUUUUUGUUAAAACAAUUAAUGAAUGAGGCUGAGUAUUUUAUGAAGAAUUAUGGAGCUCGAGGAGGGUGUUAUCCGAGGCGGAUAACACCCUCCGAGAUCUCCAUAAUUCUUCAUAUGAUACGAAAGCCGAAUUGAAUAAUUGUUUUAUUAUUCAUUCAAAAUAAUCCCUAGUUUAAAAACAUAGCUAAAACAAGCUUACCUGCAUCGAUGUUAAGUUUAUCUUCGAUAAUUUACGUUUAGGUUUGUCCAGCUCCGCAAAUAUUCUCCAAAUAGCAGAUGUCGCCCUCUGAGUUGUCUUCUUGCUGUUUUUGUUAUGUUUUAAGCCAUUAUUUCGCCUAGGUCCAGCUGUAGUUCUUACUCUUGAAACGAGUGAAGUGUCCGCCAGUUUAGUUUUUACAACGAAAACAACUCAAUCUCGUCCCCAGGUCUUCUCGGUUAACGGUGCAUUAACCUAUAGAAGGCUGCACUUUUGACGUCAUUUCCAACAAUUCUUCCAAAUUUGGUCAUCAGUAACUGGUUAUGGUGAAUUAUGCGUGUGCUUUUAGCCAAUCAGAAU